UGUGUUACCGUUUGCCUUCCUCAUAUUUCUCCACGGCGGCUGCGUCUUCCGCUGCUGGUUCCCGUAUAAAAAGGCGGUGCACUUGCCACUUGAUCAGUUCAGUUUAUCACGAGCAGCAGCAACAAAAUGAUCCGCAAUUCGGUCGCAGUUCUUGGCUUCUUUGUCAUGAUGAUGUUGAUGGCAGUUGAGGCUGCCCCAAUCCUGGGAAUCUUAGAUGGACUUCUUCAUGGAGGACACCACCAUCAUCAUGGAGGACACCACCAUCAUCAUGGUGGCUACGGCGGAGGCUACGGCGGCUACGGCGGUGGCUAUGGCGGAGGCUACGGUUACGGAGGAUAUCCUGGCUAUGGUUAUGGUGGACACGGAUACGGUCACCAUCAUCAUUUCUAAAAAAGAAAUCGAUCCACGGCAAAAAUGAUACCUGUAACGAACUGCAAUAAUUUAAAAAAAUGUUCCUGACUGGAUAUUUCAGUUAUUAUUCAGAGGCGAACUCUGUACCUAACCAAUACAAUACGUUUCAUACUGUAAA